AUGUGUGCAGAGUUCUGUUGUGGACACUCUCGGAGCAGGGGGCGGGGCUCUCUCAGCCUGAUAAACCCGGCCCGGGGUUGUGGAUGUUUCAGAAUACAGCGGCCUUCAAGAGGAGAGCUCCAUCGCCUUUACCUGAGUGCAGCCGGACAAGUUGAGGUGGACCAGAUUCCGACAUCCGCGUCCAGUCGUGAGGUGAAGAAAACCCUGGUCUGUGAAACCGGAGCAGUAAGCCACACUGAGACUUUCAUCUCAAAGUUCCAGCCUUCAUUGAGACCAUCUGCCCUGGGUUUAAAAUGCGGCUGA